CAAUUGAACUAAUGAUAUUCGUUAGUAGUGUUGUCACGAUAGCAACAUUUUACUCAUGAUACGAUAACAGGCCAAGUAUCACAGGGGGAAAAUUCAGAGUGUCAAAGACUCGCCCUGUCCCUCGGACGCUUGUUCCCGUUUCCUAAACGUUACACGCACGUGCUAAAUUAAAAACCUGUCACUGAUAUUCACACUUAUAUUGAAUACAACACGUUUUAAAUGUAACUUCACACUGUACAAUACAAUACUGCAUGGAAGGGCUAAUUUGUUCAUAUUUGCAAAGGCCUACCUGUGAUUUAGCUGGAGGAAUGGGAGGAAGGAAUAUACACUACAUAAUGUUCUGUAUGUCAUUGUGUCAGUCAGGAGACAACACUACAUAAUGAUCUGUGUGUCAGUCAGGAGACAACACUACAUAAUGAUCUGUGUGUCAGUCAGGAGACAACACUACAUAAUGAUCUGUAUGUCAGUCAGGAGACAACACUACAUAAUGAUCUGUAUGUCAGUCAGGGGACAACACUACAUAAUGAUCUGUAUGUCAGUCAGGGGACAACACUACAUAAUGAUCUGUGUGUCAGUCAGGAGACAACACUACAUAAUGAUCUGUAUGUCAUUGUGUCAGUCAGGAGACAGCACUACAUAAUGAUCUGUAUGUCAGUCAGGAGACAACACUACAUAAUGAUCUGUAUGUCAGUCAGGAGACAACACUACAUAAUGAUCUGUAUAUCAUUGGGUCAGUCAGGAGACAACACUACAUAAUGAUCUGUAUGUCAUUGUGUCAGUCAGGAGACAGCACUACAUAAUGAUCUGUAUGUCAGUCAGGAGACAACACUACAUAAUGAUCUGUAUGUCAGUCAGGAGACAACACUACAUAAUGAUCUGUAUGUCAUUGUGUCAGUCAGGAGACAGCACUACAUAAUGAUCUGUAUGUCAGUCAGGAGACAACACUACAUAAUGAUCUGUAUGUCAGUCAGGAGACAACACUACAUAAUGAUCUGUAUAUCAUUGGGUCAGUCAGGAGACAACACUACAUAAUGAUCUGUGUGUCAUUGUGUCAGUCAGGGGACAACACUACAUAAUGAUCUGUAUGUCAUUGUGUCAGUCAGGAGACAACACUACAUAAUGAUCUGUAUGUCAGUCAGGAGACAACACUACAUAAUGAUCUGUAUGUCAGUCAGGAGACAACACUACAUAAUGGUCUGUAUAUCAGUCAGGAGACAACACUACAUAAUGAUCUGUAUGUUAUUGUGUCAGUCAGGAGACAACACUACAUAAUGAUCUGUAUGUCAUUGUGUCAGUCAGGAGACAACACUACAUAAUGAUCUGUAUGUUAUUGUGUCGGUCAGGAGACAACACUACAUAAUGGUCUGUAUGUCAUUGGGUCAGCCAGGAGACAACACUACAUAAUGUGCUGUAUGUCAUUGGGUCAGUCAGGAGACAACACUACAUAAUGGUCUGUAUGUCAUUGGGUCAGUCAGGAGACAACACUACAUAAUGAUCUGUAUGUCAUUGGGUCAGUCAGGAGACAACACUGCAUAAUGAUCUGUAUGUUAUUGUGUCGGUCAGGAGACAACACUACAUAAUGAUCUGUAUGUUAUUGUGUCGGUCAGGAGACAACACUACAUAAUGAUCUGUAUGUCAGUCAGGAGACAACACUACAUAAUGGUCUGUAUGUCAUUGGGUCAGUCAGGAGACAACACUACAUAAUGAUCUGUAUGUUAUUGUGUCAGUCAGGAGACAACACUACAUAAUGAUCUGUAUGUCAGUCAGGAGACAACACUACAUAAUGAUCUGUAUGUCAGUCAGGAGACAACACUACAUAAUGGUCUGUAUAUCAGUCAGGGGACAACACUACAUAAUGUUCUGUAUGUCAUUGCGUCAGUCAGGAGACAACACUACAUAAUGAUCUGUGUGUCAGUCAGGGGACAACACUACAUAAUGAUCUGUAUGUUAUUGUGUCAGUCAGGAGACAACACUACAUAAUGAUCUGUAUGUCAGUCAGGAGACAACACUACAUAAUGAUCUGUAUGUCAGUCAGGAGACAACACUACAUAAUGAUCUGUGUGUCAGUCAGGGGACAACACUACAUAAUGAUCUGUAUGUCAGUCAGGGGACAACACUACAUAAUGAUCUGUAUGUCAGUCAGGAGACAACACUACAUAAUGAUCUGUAUGUCAGUCAGGAGACAACACUACAUAAUGAUCUGUAUGUCAGUCAGGGGACAACACUACAUAAUGAUCUGUGUGUCAUUGUGUCAGUCCGGAGACAACACUACAUAAUGAUCUGUAUAUCAUUGGGUCAGUCAGGAGACAACACUACAUAAUGAUCUGUAUGUCAUUGUGUCAGUCAGGGGACAACACUACAUAAUGAUCUGUAUGUUAUUGUGUCAGUCAGGAGACAACACUACAUAAUGAUCUGUAUGUCAUUGUGUCAGUCAGGGGACAACACUGCAUGAAACCUACUCUUCAGUUGGUCAACUAAAUUGACGUGAGGACAAUAUUAACAUGACAUGUAAGUCAGUUUUUACUAGAGGUCGACCGAUUAAUCGGAAUGGCCGAUUUCAAGUUUUAAUAACAAUUGGAAAUCAGUAUUUUUGGGCGCCGAUAAAAAUAUUUAUUUUUUAUACCUUUUAUUUAACUAGGCAAGUCAGUUAAGAACACAUUCUUAUUUUCAAUGAAGGCCUAGGAACGGUGGGUUAACGGCCUCGUUCAGGGGCAGAACGACAGAUUUUCACCUUGUCAGCUCGGGGGACCCAAUCUUACAACCUUACAGUUAACUAGUCCAACGCAAUAACGACCUGCCUCUCUCUCGUUGCACUCCACAAGGAGCCUGCCUGUUACGCGAAUGCAGUAAGCCAAGGUAAGUUGCUAGCUAGCAUUAAACUUAUCUUAUAAAAAACAAUCAAUCAUAAUCACUAGUUAACUACACAUGGUUGAUGAUAUUACUAGAUAUUAUCUAGCGUGUCCUGCGUUGCAUAUAAUCUGACAGCAUACAAGUAUCUAAGUAUCUGACUGAGGGGUGGUAGGCAGAAGCAGGCGCGUAAACAUUCAUUCAAACAGCCCUUUUGUGUGUUUUGCCAGCAGCUCUUCGUUGUGCGUCAAGCAUUGCGCUGUUGACUUCAAGCCUAUCAACUCCUGGUGUAGAGAUGAGGCUGGUGUAACCGAAGUGAAAUGGCUAGCUAGUUAGCGCUUCAAACGUCACUCGCUCUGAGCCUUGUAGUAGUUAUUCCCCUUGCUAUGCAUGGGUAACGCUGCUUCGAUGGUGGCUGGUUCGAGCCCAGGGAGGAGUGAGUUACACUGGCAGCUAUGCUGUUACACUGGCAAUACUAAAAUGCGUAUAAGAACAUCUAAUAGUCAAAGGUUAAUGAAAUACAAAUGGUAUAGAGGGAAAUAGUCCUAUAAUUCCUAUAAUAACUACAACCUAAAACUUCUUACCUGGGAAUAUUGAAGACUCAUGUUAAAAGGAACCACCAGCUUUCAUAUGUUCUGAGCAAGGAACUGAAACGUUAGCUUUCUUACAUGGCACAUAUUGCACUUUAACUUUCUUCUCCAACACUUUGUUUUGGCAUUAUUUAAAACAAAUUGAACAUGUUUCAUUAUUUACUUCAGGCUAAAUUGAUUUUAAUUAAUCGGUAUCUGCAUUUUUGGUCCUCCAAUAAUCGCAUCGGUAUCUGCGUUGAAAAAUCAUAAAUCGGUCGACCUCUAGUUUUUACCAUGUCCUCUUUGGUCUCUAUGAGAGUUCCACAUUUUGUAUCUGAAAGUGGUGACAUGCCUAAUGGUGCGAACCAGAGAAAUAUCAUUGCUAUUCCGACUUUGUUUUAUUUUCCUAAUUGGUAUAAUUCAAUCUUUGAGUCUCCUGUUGUUCUGAAAUCUCAAAGUAAUCUGACUUGUAUUGAAACUCUGUAUGAUUUUAAAUGCCGAAAAAGUUUGACAUUUUUACAUUUUAAUAUUUGUAGUUUAUUACCUACAAUGGAUCAUGUCAAAAUCUGGGCCUCUCAGGCAGACCCUGAUAUUUUUUUAAAAUAGUAUCUGAGACCUGGUUAACUGAUAAAACCCUGCACUCUGAGGUUUCUAUGAAUGGUUACAAUGUGUUUAGGGCUGGUAGGAAAGGCAACGGUGGUGGUGUUUCUAUGGAUGGUUACAAUGUGUUCAGGGCUGGUAGGAAAGGCAACGGUGGUGGUGUUUCUAUGGAUGGUUACAAUGUGUUCAGGGCUGGUAGGAAAGGCAACGGUGGUGGUGUUUCUAUGGAUAGUUACAAUGUGUUCAGGGCUGGUAGGAAAGGCAACGGUGGUGGUGUUUCUAUGGAUGGUUACAAUGUGUUUAGGGCUGAUAGGAAAGGCAACGGUGGUGGUGUUUCUAUGGAUGGUUACAAUGUGUUUAGGGCUGGUAGGAAAGGUAACGGUGGUGGUGUUUCUAUGGAUGGUUACAAUGUGUUUAGGGCUGGUAGGAAAGGCAACGGUGGUGGUGUUUCUAUGGAUGGUUACAAUGUGUUUAGGGCUGGUAGGAAAGGUAACGGUGGUGGUGUUUCUAUGGAUGGUUACAAUGUGUUCAGGGCUGAUAGGAAAGGUAACGGUGGUGGUGUUUCUAUGGAUGGUUACAAUGUGUUCAGGGCUGAUAGGAAAGGUAACGGUGGUGGUGUUUCUAUGGAUGGUUACAAUGUGUUCAGGGCUGAUAGGAAAGGCAACGGUGGUGGUGUUUCUAUGGAUGGUUACAAUGUGUUCAGGGCUGGUAGGAAAGGUAACGGUGGUGGUGUUUCUAUGGAUGGUUACAAUGUGUUCAGGGCUGGUAGGAAAGGCAACGGUGGUGGUGUUUCUAUGGAUAGUUACAAUGUGUUCAGGGCUGGUAGGAAAGGUAACGGUGGUGGUGUUUCUAUGGAUGGUUACAAUGUGUUCAGGGCUGGUAGGAAAGGCAACGGUGGUGGUGUUUCUAUGGAUGGUUACAAUGUGUUCAGGGCUGGUAGGAAAGGUAACGGUGGUGGUGUUUCUAUGAAUGGUUACAAUGUGUUCAGGGCUGGUAGGAAAGGCAAAGAUGUGGUUGUGUUGAUAUUUACACAAGGAAUCUUCUUUCUGUGUCUCUGUUAAAAGGCUACCAACAGUCCUAAACUAUAUUAAUUGUUGGCUUUAAGUCUUCAGUUGGGUUUAAACUAAAAAAUAACAGUUAUAGGAAUCUUAUUGUCCACCAUCUGUACCUAACUCACUGAUUUAAUUGCCAUUUUUACUACCCCAGAGGUGUUGAUCGCCAGAGAUUUUAAUCUUGCAUGGAGAAGGCAGGAUGCUGACUGUUUAAAUGAUAUUUGUACUAAUCUAAAUUUGACCCAGCUGAUUACAAAGCCCACGCGUCCAAACUUAAAGGCCCCUAAAAAAUGUACUUUGAUUGACGUCAUAUUUACAAAUACUCCAGAGAAAUAUGCUUGGAGUGGGGUAUUUGCUUUGGAUAUUAGUGACCGCUGUCCCAUUGUAUGUGUCAGGUGUAUACAGAUGCCUCGAUCCAAACCUCAUUUUAUCAAAAAGGAAUUUUUAAGAUUUCAAUUGACAGGCCUUUUUUUUUUAGACCUUUAUUUUGGUGACUUUGAUUGUAUUGCACCUAUACCUGACCCUGAGUUGGCUCUGAACCACUUCUCAAAGGUUUUCAAUUGUGUUGUAGAUAAACAUGUUCCCUUUAAAAAAACAGAAUAAAAAAUCAGUCUUG